AUUAACAAAAUUCAACAUAUUUGGCAAGUGGUAAAAAAGGUUAUGUUUUGUUCUUUUGUUAUUUAAAAAAAAUAUAUAUUAAAAAAUAGGAAUUUUUAUUGAUAAAUCCAUUUUAGAGGUGUUAUAACACAUUAGGUCUACAAAGGAAUAUUAUAACCUGAUUAGUCCCAUAAAUUUUUCUUUUUAUUCCAUAAGGUCCAUUUUUCUAAAUUAAUAUGUUUACCUGGAUUAUUUUGCCCCCAUAUAUAUAUAUAUAUAGUGUUAAUACAUAUUACGAACCUGUUUCUUCGCUGAUUCAGUUUGGCAGUUUCUAUUUUACGUUUUUCAUCAUCAUUGCAAUUCGGAGGGAUACGUUUCUAUUUUCCAUGCUCGUUCCAAGGUUUGGAUGUGCUAGGGUUUCAUUAUUGCUGUUGUAGUCUGAUUCUGUGAAUUUCGAGUGAAGACGACGAAGAGGAAGGUGUUCGAUUGUCACAUUUUCUAGACUAUAACUAGUUCAAAUCAGUUGUUUUCGAGUUUCUGAACAAUUGUAGGAUAGCAUAAUUAAGGAUAGUAUCAAUUUGGUUAUGAAUACAUAUUUAGUUUAUGGUUUCAUUCAUAUGAUGGAUCAGAGGCUCUGCUUUUUGAUUGAUAUGGAUCGGAUGCUCUGUUUUUUUAAUUAUAUGCAUUUUACGUGGUCCUAUGGAGGGGAGUUCAUUCAGAUUAUGAGAAGAAUAUGUAGUUGUCAUUUUACUUUGAUGUAUCCAUAAUGAGGCUCUGUGUGGAUGAUAUAAUUCAGAGUAUAUGUAUCAUUGUGAAUGUUUACAUUUUGUUAAUGUGGAAUAUGUGAAGAAUGUGGAUGUUCUCAUUUUAAAUUGAUGUUUACUUAAUGAGGCUCUUCGUGUGUGAUAUAAUUCAGAGUAUAUGUGUCAAUGUAAAUGUUGACAUCUUGUUAAUAUUGUGUGAAGAUUGUUGAUGUUCUCAUUUUACUUUGAUGUUUGCUUAAUGAGGCUCUGCGUGGGUGAUAUAAUUCGAAGAAUAUGUAUAUGUAUCAAUGUGAAUGUUCACAUCUUCUUAAUGUAAAUUAUGGAUUUAGCACUUGAACUGUACACAUAGUCAUCUAAUUUUUGCACAAUGUGAAUAUUCAUAUCAACUUUGAUUACUGUUCAUUGUUGUGUUUUUGUGUGUUUUACAGGAGAUGGAUACUUUUAUGAUGUUGGUGUGUACGUAUGAUUGUAGUACGACUGUAAUAAAUGUUGCCCGCGCAUUGUGUUAUUCUCGUUUGGUGGAGUGUUUGUGUGAAAAAUGGGAUGAGUUGUCUGCUGGUUCUAUUUCAUUGUUUUGUAAACUACUGAGGAUUAAUAGGUAUGAUUUGGACAAUGAGGAAGAAUUUCAGAACAUGUUACUGCUUACUAAAUCAAUAGGGGUACAACAUGUAGAAGUUGUGGUUGAGUUGAAAAGUGAUAUUGGUCAGUCAAGUGGCUCGGGAUCGCUGCAUGUAGUGAUUGAGGAAGAAAUUGAUGUACUACGAAGAUUUUGCCACCAUAAGGAGAAUGUGUUGUUGUCAGCCCCUUGGACAAAUAGUAUUACGUAUGUGGGACAACGGUUUGUUGGAGGUGCACAAGAAUUUCGUGAGGCUUUAUGUAAGUAUGCCAUCCAAUAUGGGUUUCAGUUUACGUACGUCAAGAAUGAGACAACAAGAGUUACUGCUGUGUGUACGCUGCGUGAGGAGAGAGACUGCUUGUGGGCUAUACAUUGUAGACCACAACAAGCAAAUGGUUUUUUCUACAUCAAGAGGUUUAGUGAUGUGCAUAGUUGUGGUACGGAUGUCCGAACAUCGAAGAAUCCGUGAGUUAGUUCAGAUUUGGUGUCGAGUACUAUAUCUGAAAUUGUAAGGGACAAGCCGUGUGAUGUCGUGACUAUUUUGAAGAGGGAUUAUGGGCUAGAUGUGAGUUACCAUAUCGUAUGGUUAGGUGUGGAGAAAGCAAAGGCUGGUAUUCAUAGAGAUCACUCAUUAUCGUUUGAUCAGCUACGGUGGCAUUUGAAUGCUGUGAUGCGGUACAAUCCAGGGAGUUAUGUCAAUAUUGACUAUGAUGCGAGUAGUCAACAGUUUUGUCGUUUCUUUGUGUCAUUCGCUGCAUGUAUUUCUGGGUUCAAUUCUUGUCGGCCUUUAUUAUUCCUGGAGGGAACAUUCCUUAAAGGAAAGUACAAAGGUCAACUACUUGCGGCAAUGGCAAAAGACGGAAACAAUGGUUAGUAUUUUUUUUAGCUGUCUAUUUAUGUCAAUAUUCACAUUGAGCAACAUAGUCUGGACAAAUAAGUGAUUGAGAAAUUAUAAGUAAUGUGAACAUUGACAUUAGUAUGCACUGUUGUGAAUGUUCACAUCUAUGUCUGCUUAUGACAGUAAUGUGAACAUUCACAUUAUUAUACAUUGAUGUGAAUGUUCACAUCAUUGUAUACUACUGUCAGUUGAUCCAUUAAUGAACAGUACUGUGAAUGUUCACAUUAUCAAUGACUCAACAAUCAACAAUGAAUUAUUAAUGGUCGUUAAUGUAAAUGUUCAGGUCAUUGAUGUUUAUGAACUUGAAUCCAAAAAUAACAAUAGUAAUAGGGCAAUGUAGAUAUAAACAUUCACAUGACUUGUUUCGUUUAUAUUGUUUUCUAUUCACUUUGGAAUAUUGUGAACAGUUGUAUAUUAGCGUUGUGUUGUAGGUCUGUUUCCUGUUGCAUUUGCGAUUGUUGAUUUAGAGACUAUGGCCAAUUGGUCAUGGUUCUUGCAUGAACUUGGGAAGGUUGUUAAUGGUAAGCACCAGAUUAUUUUUAUUUCGAAUUGUAAUCUUAGUCUAUUAGAAGCAAUGCCAAAGAUGUUCCUAUCGGCUCAUCACGGUUAUUGCUUACAACACUUGAAGAGCAAUUUAAGAGACCGAAUGAAAGGAAUUGAUAAUGGAUUCAGGGAUCACCUACUAAGUAGUUUGGGUGACUAUGCUUACGAGCCAACUGUGGUAGGGUUCCAUGAAAAAUUUACAAAAUUAAAAGAGGAGGGUAAACAACGAGCACAUAAUUUUUUCAAGGACUUGGCACCUGAGCACUGGGCAAAUUCAUACUUCAGGGGCUUGCGUUAUGGGGAGAUGGCAUCUAAUGCGGCGGAGUCAUUUAAUAACUGGAUUAAAAAAGCACGUAAUCUUCCUAUCACUCAAAUGGUGGACAUAAUUCGUACUCAGUUGAUGCGGCAAAUGUCUGCACGGCGUGACCAAGCAAACAAAUGGAAUGAGCUUAUUUGUCCUACAUUCGAAACAAGGCUUAUGGAUUCGUUCAAUGACAGCAGGUCUUGGCAAGUUAGCAAAGCCAAUGAGGAUGUGUUUGAAGUUCAUUCGACACCAUCUGUUACAGUUGAUGUUGCAAGGCGUACAUGUUCUUACUUUAAAUGGCAAAUCAACGGAUUCUCAUGUGACCAUGCUAUUAUUGUCAUUCAGAAGAGCCGCUACAAUUUCAAUGAUUGUGUGGAACAUUACUUUCAUGUAGAGACAUAUCGUGCAGCCUAUUCGGGUGUCAUAUUCCCUAUACCAUCGGUAGAGAAGCCGCCUUUUGAUCCCAUGGACUUCACUAUAUACCCACCAACUGUGAAAAGACCACCCAGAAGGCCAAAAAAGAAUAGAAUCCCAUCAAGGGGUGAGAAACUGAAGCAAAUAAGGUGCGAGAGAUGUGAGAAGUUGGGGAGCCAUAAUCGGAAAUCAUGAAGGAGCCGAUAUAGGAUGUACAUUUUUCAUUUCAACAUUGUGUUUUACAUUGGAUUCUUAUAGUCAUUUUUAAAAUAAGAUUGUGUUGUGUUAGCAAGCAAAAUAAUAGUUUGGCAAACUUAGUAUUUCAUUUGUGUUUUUUCUUUUUCUUUUUGGGUACGAAACUGAUAUUUUGUUAAAGUUAUAAUGAUGAGUACAUGAUGUAGACAUUCACACUUACGUAAAAGAAUCAUAUUAUAUGAA